UCCUCUACCUAUUUGGCAUCAAGACUUAAUAGGCAAGUACCCAUUUAUGCAAACCAACCACAUGUUAUUGCUACUUUGGCAGCACACACUUCCACUCAAAAUUUGUUUCACUCUCUUGUAACACUACUAUCAAAUCAUUCACUACUCUAUUACCCUCCCCAUCCCCAGAUCUUUGGGAGCCUAGAUCUUCAAGGUAGCAAAUGGCUCAUCUAAUGUACUUGUGCUACAAAAAGCUAUUCCUACUUUCUCUUCUUUUAUUUCUUUUUGUCUCUCUUUGCUCUUGUUCUUGGUGGUCUGAACCUCAACUCCAUAGAAGAACAAUGCUAGAGGUCCAAAAAGACCUAAAGGAGAAGAAAACCACCCCACAAUCCACCAAAAAUCAAACCAAGUUAAUCAAGCCUAAUAGUUUCCCUUCCAAAAACCAAACCAAAACCAUCAAAUCCAAUAAUAACCUUAAUUCCUCCAAAAACAAUACUAAAACCAUCAAACCCAAUAACCUUAAUUCCUCCAAAAACCAAACCAAAACUAUCAAAUCCAAUAACCUUAAUUCCACCAAAAAUCAAACCAAAACCAUCAAAUCCAAUAACCUUAAUCCCUCCAAAAACCAAACUAAACUUAGCUCCAAUAAUGCAUCAUCUAAACCCACACCACCCAACACUAGUAACCUCAAGAAGGUCAAUUCCACCACCAUCACCAACACCAAGUUCAAGAAGCUAAACUCCACAUCAACCAAAAAACCAAUAGAUCUAGCAAAAACAAGUAACAAAACUACAAAAUCCACCACCACCGACAAAAACAACAACAGUCAAACAAACAAAAAACCAAUCAAACAAACACCACCUAGUUACCACACAUUGAAAAAACAACAACAACUACUAAAAGAAGAAGAUGAAGAUGAUGAUGAUGAUGAUUUUGUUUCACUUUCAGAAUUCAAAGAUCUACCAAACAAAAUCCACCGAACACUACUCCCAGACCUAGAAACAAUCUCAACAACCUCAAAAGCAUACAUAACAAAAGCCAACAACGAAAUGACAAAAGGAUUCAAACCCUACGUAGGUAAAAAAUACGCAUCAACCAUAGCCACAAUAGUUUCUUCAAUUUUCAUAUUAAUCCCUCUUCUCUUAGUUUCACUUCUCUGCAACAAAAUCAAAACAUUUUUCUCACUUCAAAAAAUCUUAAUCAUCAUCCAAAUCUAUCUCUCAAUCUACUUCACAAUUCUCUGCAUUUCAACAUUGUUCACUGGAAUUGAACCAUUGAAGUUUCUAUUCUCUACUUCGCAAUCCACGUAUAUCUGUUUUCAGAUUCUUCAAACUCUUGGUUACGUUUUUUAUCUACUGUUACUUGUUGUGUACCUUGUUCUUGUUUUUUCUACUGAAUGUGGGCUUGGUUCGAAGUUUUUGGGCUUGGGCCAGAUUUUUGUUGGCUUUUCUGUUGGGCUUCAUUAUUAUGUGACGGUGUUUCAUAAGGUGGUGUUACGGCAACCGCCGAAAAGUAGUUGGAAGAUUCACGGGAUUUAUGCCACGUGUUUUUUAAUGAUUUGUUUGUUUGCUGGAGCUGAUAGAAGAAAAAAGGCUUACAUGGAAAAUGAUGGAGGUGAAGGGAAGAAGAAUUAAAUGUUAAUGUAAUUUUUUAUUUACUUUUUUGUUUUUAUUUCCAUUUUAUUCAAUUUAUAAAAAUAAAUAAACAUGAGUACUUCAAUGCCUCCUAUUUGGCUCAAA